AUGGCGGUCGGGUGUACGUACUCGUCACUGCGCAAGGCCGAGUUCGAAUACGCCGCGACGACCGAGGAGGAGCUGUCCGUGCAGGAGGAUCAGUUGGUUUGGGUUGUCGAGGACGAUGAUCCCGAGUGAGUUUGAUGUGCGCCUUGUUCUGCUGGGAUGGGAGGUGCUCCCCGGGCGUGCGCGGCGUGAUCGGUCACGGUCACUCUGUCGGACCCGAUCGGGGCGGCGGGGCGGCUAUGCCAAGCUAGUGCUGUGAAGAGACUGACCAACUGACCAACUGACCGAAUCAUCCGACUUCGUAUGUUCCUCCUUUCCGCAGAUGGCACAAAGUCAAGAUCAAGUCGUCCGACUCGACCGCGGCCCCACACAUCGGACUCGUACCCGCCUCGUACCUCACCUCAGCCCCCGUACUCCGCGUCGUUCGAGCCAUGUACGACUAUUCCCCUGCAUUGAACGAGGAAGGCCUCGCCGAUAACGAUGAGGAAUUGGCCAUCACGGAGGGGGAGGAACUGAGCCUGGUCGAGGAGGAGGAGGAUUGGUGUCUUGUGCUUCGGGAGGACGGUCAAGGCGCCGGCUUCGUGCCGACGAGUUAUAUCGAGGUGAGAAGCACUUUGGUCAGAUGCGGAUCCAAGGUUCCAAGUCAUUUAUCUCGCUAUGGUGUGUGCGCUUCUCUCAGGACGCCGACGCGGUGCAUCAUCCAGCCGAACCCGUCGAUCAGCCUGCCGACGUGGAGGAGGAGGAGGAGGAGGAGGAGGAGGAGGAGGAAGAGGUGAGGUGAAAAAGAGUACCGCGUUUGUCGACACAUCCUGGAACUGACACUCGGUACAAUGCGUCCAGGCGCCUCUCCCUGUUGCCGCACCUGUUCCGGCCGCUUCGACGUAUACGAGCACACUGCCUCCGCCCCCUCAACGGAACGUCUCGACCGUCAGCCCCACGAGCGUCAAGACCUGGGCCGUCACAGUUCGUCGCCAGCCUCGAAACAGCUAACCGCAUGUGGCAUUCCCAGCUAAGACACCUUUCUUGAAUCUAAAUAGGAGGUCGACAAAAAGAAGAAGAAGAAAAAGGGCACACUCGGUGUUGGCAACGGCGCCCUCUUCUUCGCCAGCGAGAGUGACAAGGUGGGGCUCAACCCGGCGGAAUCUGUCCGAACCCUUCUUGAUCGAAUGCUGACCGAUCCUUGCGUUUGGGCACACAGACCCCCGUUCAACAAUACCCCUUGUCGUCACUCGAACACAUCACGACCGAAAAGUUCAAGCACCUCCACCUCUCGUUCCCCUCGGCGCCCGAACCGCUCCAUUUCGUCAUCGGUUCCAAGGACGUUUUCGAGGAGAUCGUCGACAAGAUCGAAGCAGAUCGUGCCACUUCCGGUUCUUCGGCUGCAAAGGCGGCCUCCCCAGCAGUUCCUGCGGCGCCUCGACCGCCUCCCCUUGCUGCCGCUGCCGCUCCCACCGCUCUUCCACCACCCGUCGCUACUUCAGGCUACAUGCCUCCGCCUCCGCCCAUCCGUAGUGCCUCCUCGAGCAACAUCGUCCCUUCCGCCCCCAGUACUCCCGCUCGUAACGGAGGAUCGUCAACCCCCGUCGGAAGCGAAGCCAACGCGGUCGCUCUGUACGACUUUGAACCCCAAGGUGAUGACGAAAUCGCCAUCGUUGAAGGGGAACGCGUGAUCCUCAUCGACGACGGCUCGACUUCGGACGAUCCCGAUUGGGCCAAGAUUCGUAAAGUGGGUAGCAACGUCGAAGGUGUCGUACCGGCGAGUUAUAUUGAAUUGGAUCCUGGAGCUUCCGCGGUCGGGUCCACGCCGGCCAAAAGAACGAUCCCUGCUCCUCCUCCAGCUCCCGUCCCUGCCCCUGCCGCUGCUACUUCACGUGCUUCUCGAAGUCGUCCAUCAGCUUAUGACGAAGAGGAAGAAGAUCGAAGAGAGGAAGAAGAACGUGCUGCCGCAGCGAUCAUUUCGAACCAACUCAUAGAUGAGAAGCGUGCUCAACUGGCUCGGGACCGAGAGGCGAAAGCUGAACGCGCGUCCAAGAGGGAAGCGGAGAAGGAUCGUCAACGCCUCGCGAGGAUGGAGUCCCAACCUAGGGCUGCACCGAUCCCUGUACCUACGACCAAGUCGGGUUUGACUCAAUUGGGAAGCGAUGAUGAUGCUGAGCCGUCGAAAAAGUCGAGGUCGUCGAGAGGGGAGAAUGGGGGCAGGUCGUCGAAGGAUAAGGCGGUGAGGAAACCUGAUGCGUCUAAAAUUCGGACGUGGAAGGAUCGUACGGGACAAUUCAAGGUCGAGGCGGAGUUCAUCGGGCUCAAGGAUAACAAGAUCCGUUUGCACAAACUUAAUGGGGUCAUUAUUGAGGUACCUCUAGAGAAGAUGUCGGGGGAGGACACGACCUGGCUCAAGAAGAAGAUGGGUGGUGGGGACGAUGAGAGAAGAGACCGAUCGUCGAGAGAGGCGUCGUCGAGUCGACAGUCGGGGUCCAAGUCGACGUCGUCAGGCCAGCCCAAGAAGCAGAACACAACAGAUUGGUUCGAGUUCUUCCUCAAUGCCGGGUGCGACGUCGAUGCGUGUCAGCGAUACGCUCGUAAUGCCGACAACGAGGGGAUUGAGGAUUCGCUCAUUCCUGAUCUCGAGGAGUCAAAUCUUCGUAGUCUCGGGCUCAAGGAAGGCGACAUCAUUCGCGUGCGUCGGUAUAUCAAGGAGAAAUACGCAGGACCGCCACCCCCGACCAAAUCCGACCGCGAGGAACAGAUCGCUGCGGAUGCAAGGAUGGCCCUCGCACUACAAAACGGACGCCCCACGCCCCCUGCUCCGGGCUUAUUCUCCGGUCCGGAUGGCAAGUUACGAAGAGGGAGGAGGAACACGGCCAACAACCGAACGGCAGCGGGAGCGGUGGACCCCACUGCUCUUGUUGCUGCUGGGUCCGAGAUCGCCAAGACGCGUGGCUCGACGCCAGUCACAUCGCCUAUCUCGGCGCAGUCGACGGGAGCGGCGUCCCUCGAUCCUACGAAGAGGUCCAGCUCAACUCAGCCUCAGGUUGGUGGCUUUGACGACGAUGCGUGGGAAGUCAAGCCUUCGCCUUCGUCGCCCGCUCCUCCUGCGCCCGCUCCUGUGGCUGCUCCGGCACCUCCUCCUGCUCCCGCUGCCCCUGCCCCUGUACCAGCUCCAGCCCCUGCCGCAUCAUCGCCUGUUGCUGAGACACCCCCGGUCCAGGCUCCCGCAAGGACUGGCUCAGCUGCCGGUCUGACGUACAACGAUGGUUUGCUGGCGCAGCUCGGCAUCGGCAACAACGUACCACGCCCUUCUUCGACUCCCACGGCCAACACACCGCAAAUGAACGCCCUCUCCGUCCCCGCCUUUAACCCCAACGCUCCACGAGGUCCCAUCACGCCUAUCGCUGCAAACCAAGGUCUGCUCGCCCCUCUCGUCCCAACCCGAACGGGUUUCCCUACGCCGUUGAUGCCCAUGGCAACAGGGUUCAAUCCGAUGCAACCCCAAUUCACGGGCAUCCCCAGCCCAGUGAUGGUCAUGAGUCAACCGACCGGAUUCGUAGGGAUGAGUGCCCCUUCGCCUUUGGGUAUGCAACCUACAGGGAUGAACUUUCCCGCUCAACCUCAACCGAGUGGGUUCAUGCAACCUCAACCGACGACGGGAUUCAUGCAAGCACAGCCGACGGGGUACAUCCAACCCCAGCCUACUGGGUUCAUCGUACCCCAACCGACGGGUUACAACCCUCAAGCUUCAGUUUUUGGUCAGCAACCACAACCACAAUUCCAACAACAUCAACCUCAACAACCCGCACAACAACCCAUCCAAUUCAACCCCAUGCCACCCAACUCGAACAACUCCCAAACCGCAACCAAAACCGCUCAAUUCGAACCAACCAACAUCUUCGCCUCCAUGAAAGACGGCACUUUCGCCUCCGGUUCUACCCAACUCGGUCCUCAACAGGCAAAUAAAUACGAUUCGUUGAGACCCCAACCCACUGGGUUUAACGGAGGUCCGAUCCAGGCUCAGCCGACGGGCUUUGGGGCCAUGCAGCCGCAGAUGACGGGGUAUAAUCCCAUGUUCAAUGGGCAACAACGGCCGGGUGGGUAUGGGGGUUAUCGAUGA